GGCCCCGCCCCAUCCUUCCUAACUUUCAUGACGGAGGCGUCAUCACGGACAUCACCGCCCUCCGCCAUGAUGGUGAAUAUGUUCAUAUUUCUCGAAUCUUCUGGUCAAUCAUCCAUCAGAGACCGUAACGAGUAUUAGCAAUAUCGCACCACGUUUUUUAAUACACAACAAUUUAACAAUUACAAAGACUUUUCCUUCGAACAUUACAGAAGCCGUUUUGUAUCAACGGGUGAAUGGUCAAUAUAUUCUGACCGGAAAUUGUUGAGGGAGGUGUAGACGUGCAGUACAUGCAAACGCCCUUUUUGCAAUCAAAUGCUUCCAAGAUUCAUGCCCGAGGCGUCAUCACAGACAUCACCUCCGGGGAAAAAGAAGACGUACUAUCAUAACAAAUGGCUGCUAAAGCUCCCACCAUUCCUCUUCUCACUCCUUACAAAUUGGGGAAGUUCAAUCUAUCCCAUAGAGUAGUUUUGGCGCCAAUGGCCAGAAACAGAUGUUACGGCUAUGUUCCUCAGCCACAUGCCAUCUUGUACUAUUCUCAAAGAACCUCCAAAGGUGGCCUUCUAAUUACUGAAGCCACCAUAGUUUCCGACACUUCUCUGGGGUUUCCGGAAUCACCAGGCAUAUGGACAACAGAGCAAGUUGAUGCAUGGAAACCCAUCGUAGAUGCUGUUCAUGCAAAAGGGGGGAUCUUUUUUUGUCAAAUUGUGCAUGUUGGGAGGGUUUCAAAUCCAGCUCCAAUUUCUUCAACUGACAAACCUUUGACCCCACAAAUUCCAUCUAAUGGAACUGAUGUUCCACAGUUCGCUCCUCCAAGGCGGCUGCGGUCAGAUGAAAUCCCUGGAAUUGUCAAUGAAUUUAGGCUUGCAGCAAGGAAUGCUAUUGCGGCUGGUUUUGAUGGAGUUGAGAUCCAUGGAGCUCAUGGUUUCCUAAUCGACCAGUUUAUGAAAGAUCAAGUGAAUGAUCGAACGGACCAAUAUGGUGGAUCCCUUGAAAAUCGUUGCCGAUUUGCUCUUGAAAUAGUUGAAGCUGUUGCCAAUGAGAUAGGAGCUGAAAGGGUUGGAAUAAGGCUAUCUCCUUUUGCAGACUAUUUGGAAUCUGGAGACUCGAAUCCAAAAGAACUGGGACUUUACAUGGCUGAGUCUUUAAACAAAUAUGGGAUUCUCUAUUGUCACAUGGUUGAGCCAAGAAUGAAUGGAGUUUUGGAAAAACCUAAUACUUCCGACAGUCUUCUACCCAUGAGAAAGGCUUUUAAGGGUAGUUUUAUUGUUGCUGGGGGUUAUGAUAGGGAAGAAGGAAAUAAUGCCAUCAUAGAAAACCGUACAGAUCUUGUUGCUUACGGUCGUCUAUUUUUAGCCAAUCCAGAUUUGCCUAGAAGGUUUGAGCUCGAUGUUCUUAUCAAUAAGUACAACAGAGAAACAUUCUACACCUCUGAUCCUGUUAUUGGUUAUACCGACUAUCCAUUUCUUGAAGAUUCUGCUUAGAUCUCCGCAAGAAAUAUUAACAGUCUAAAGUAAUCGCUCAUCUAAAUCCAAUGUUUUUUUUUUCCUGAAGUUGUUUCAUUGUGUUGUACAAGUGCAAUGAAGAUAUACUUAUAGAUUUAUAAUAUAAUAAUUUUGUCAUCUUGGUAUUAAUUCUUUGGUUAUUUUGUAAAUACCAGGAUGAUUACAUGUAAUUGCAAUAUUCUUUGGCCAUAAGUAAGGAUCGAUUAUCAAUAAAAAUUGAGGUCUCGUCCUCUUUAGUUAAAAAAGGGUUAAACACAUGUUGGUUUGAAUCUGCAUGCAUUUUUGACUAUCAAUAUGAAUUGUAAUUUGGCUAUUACAAGCAACGAUUCUUCAGCAUGGGAGCACGUUAGCUUUGUUUGAACCCCCAUCUCAAAAUUCUUCAGCAA